AUGGCGGCGACCAGCGGCGAUGUGGAGGCCGGCUUCGCCAAGCUUCAAGGCGAAGACUUUGAGUACUACAUGCAGACCUACUCCAUAAUACUGGGCCGGAAUUCCAAGAAAUCAACGGUGGACGUCGACCUCUCGAGCCUCGGCGGCGGCAUGAACAUUUCGCGCCACCACGCGCGAAUUUUCUACGAUUUCACACGGCGCCGUUUCGCGCUCGAGGUCCUCGGCAAGAACGGCUGCCUCGUCGAGGGCGUGCUCCACCUUCCCGGAAACGCGCCGGUCAAGCUCGACUCGCAAGACCUUCUUCAGAUCGGCGACAAGGAGUUCUAUUUUCUGUUGCCGGUGAGGAGUAUUCUCGGUGGGCCUGUGGGCCCCAGGCAUUACGCCGCCUCGGUGGCGGUGCCGAGCCCGGUGGGCCCGGCUCAUUACGGGUACCAUUCGGGUUCGGGGACCGGGCCGAUUGUGAAGAAGGGGAGGGGGAGGGAGUUUUAUGAGGAGGAGUAUGAGGAAGAGGAGGAUGUUGGUGGUGGUGGUGGUGGUGGUGGCGGUGGUGGGAGUGGGAGUGGGAAGAAGAUGAGGAGAGAAGGGUAUGAGGGUUUUGCGUAUGGUGGUGGGUCGGGUUCUGGGUCAGGCAAGGCCGGAGCUUUGGAGAAGAAGGGAGAUGGAAGAUCAAGGGUUGAUCGAGACACCGAUAAUCAGCAACUUCUGCAUUUGGAGGAAAAGGACGUUGUGUCAUCUGUUGCUACAGUGCUUUCUGAUCUUUGUGGUCCUGGAGAAUGGAUGCCUAUGGAGAAACUUCAUACUGAGUUGGUCGAGCAGUAUAGCAGCAUUUGGCAUCACACUCGAGUGCGGCGGUAUCUCACUUCUGAGGACUGGCCUGGCCCUGAGUCAAAAGGGAAGCCAUGGUACGGCUUGCUUAUGUUGCUAAGAAAAUACCCAGAACACUUUGUCAUCAACACGAGGUCCAAGGGCCGUGUAACGCUGGAAUUUGUUUCCCUCGUCUCUCUGCUUUCAUAA